GAAAAGAAGGAGAAAGAAAAAGAAGGCCAAGAAUAUGCUUUACUCUUCUCUGUAAAUAUACUUCCUUUUCUUUUCCCCCUCUCUUCAAUCCCUUCCUUUUUUUCUCUUCCGCUUGCUCCGAUCCUUUUCUUUGUUCUCAACAACGUUUACUCCCUCCGCUGCCUUCCCCCACCCACCGCCGUGAUAAUUUCCGUCGGUUAUCCUUUCAUUUCCAGGAAUCUUUUCUUUCUUUUUCUCCUCUGGUAGUUGAGCGGACAUGGAGCUUUUUCAGGAGCUCGUGCUCACCUUGCUUGUGGCAGUUCUCUCCUCUUUUCUCAUCGCCAAAGUCGUCUCUAAAGCUACCGGCGCCAGUCCCGGUCACGUGGACGAUUCUUCCGAGGCCGCUUCCCCUGCCCGAAGCCGUGAUCAGAAGGAUUCGGGAGACGUGAGUGAACAAGUUAUCAUGGAGGAAUUGAAUUACGCAGGAAAAUUGGAAUCUAGGGGUCUCGAGAGCGAAGGAAGAGUCGAGUUUGUUGCUGAAUCGGUGGAUAGAGUUGAGGAAUUCGUCGGAGAACCUGCUCCGAUUGACGAGGAAAUGAGCGGAAAUGAAUGCCGUGAAUUGACUGGGGAAGUUGUUCCGACAGAGGUGGAGCAGAGAGGAGAAACUGAAAUCGUUGCCCAAGAGGCGAAAGAAGGUGAAGCGGUUGAGAUGGAAUCAGCUCAGCCGCCUGAGGAAAUUACCACGGCGGUGGCGGAGGAAUCGAGCGAUGAAGUUGUUGGGGGUGAGAAAGUGGAGAUUGAGAUAGACGAUGAUUGGGAAGGGAUUGAGAGGACCGAUUUGGAGAAAGUGUUUGCCAAGGCAUCCAAAUUCGUGGAGUCGGGAUAUGGGGAAGAGAAGUUAGCAAGCGUGGGGAGUGAUGUGCAGAUGGAGUUGUAUGCUCUUCACAAGCUUGUUACUGAAGGGCCUUGCCAUGAACAGCCACCAAUGGCGCUCAAGCUCUCUGCUCGUGCCAAAUGGAAUUCUUGGCAAAAGCUGGGGAAUAUGGAUCCAGAAGCGGCGAUGGAGCAGUAUGUCACUCUUCUAUCCGACAAUGUCCCACGGUGGACUGAAGAAAAAACUACUGGAGAUGAUGAUGAAGCCCCGUCAUCUGAGGCUCUAGAGUCCAGUGAUUCAGCUGCAGAUAUUUCCUCACGUGCAUCCCAUCACCCUACCUUCCCUUACGAACGUGGUUCCGAACUGAAGCAUGAUUACGAGACAAGUGCGCCGAUGAGUGGUGACUUAGAUGCCAAAAAUACGGUCAAGGAAUGACGAAUAGCCUUUGACUAUUGGCGCCCACCACCACCUAAUCUGCUUCCAACCACAAUUUCCAGUUGCUGCUUCAGUGCUGCUUUCCCUCACCACCGACACUUAUUCGUCGAACGGGAAAAGGGGAUUCUUCGUCCAAGUACGGGUUUAUCUGCUGUAUCUAUUAUGCAUACGGUAAUUUAUUUCAUGAUCCAUUGUCACUCCCCCUUAUGUUUGCUUGACAUUCCAUUAAAGAAGAAGUAAGAUAGGAAUGGUGGAAUGCAUUCUCCAUAUCUGCUGCUGCUGCUGCAUGUGUAAAUAAAUACACAAUGUAUAUGAAGUAAACUAAUCUGUCUCUCUCUAUAUAUGGAAGUAUAUGUUAUCAUCAGAUUAAAAAACGAUGGCUUUCUGA